AUGAAGGAAAUGUCCUGCUUCUGCAUGACUUUUUCUUCCUUGUUGCAACAGAUGGUAAAGGCUUACAAAUACAUGACUGGUAUUUUUUCAGUGACUCAUACCUCAGAGCACCAGGCUUCAGAUUGUGAUCAGCAGCUGACCAAGAUGGAUGUAAGCCUACUUGAGGAGCAGUAUGACCAUAUAAAACAGAAGCAAAAACUGCAAUCACACAUUAUUGUAUUUAAAACAGAUGAAUACGAACCCGUUCUCCCAGAAUCAAUGGUCAGUGCUGUUUUAAUUAAUAAACCAGUUAGAAGAUCGAAGUCAUUUACAGAACGUGUUCCUGUCAGAAAGGUCAGCCUGGAGCUGAGCAGCAGUGGCAAUGUACAAGACAACUCACCAUGGCAUACCCACUUGGGAAUUCACCGCCUGGUGCAAUGUCCUUCUCAUGGAGUUACCUGGGAUCUUUCCCAAUGCGAGAACAGACCAUAUUGUUUUGACAAUCAGAGUCUGGAUUCAAAGGGAAACAGCACAUUGCAACACAAGGAACAAGAAGGAGCUCGUGAACUAUCUGUGUGCAGUCAGAUGGGAAGUUCAAGCAUAUUAAAUGGUUUCAGCAAAGAGAAUGGCAGCAAAAUUUCAAGCACCUGCCAAAAGCCUCCUCUGAAAUCAGCCACUUCAGCAGUUUGGACUCAUCAACCUAUUUCUUCUACAAAGUGCAUGCCAGCCUGCAACAAACUAAACUUCUACCCUUUCCCCAAUAAAAAAGGACCAAGAAUUUCUGAAGCAGCGAGGAAGCUUGGAUUAUACAUCUCACAAUGA